AUGUCUAGUAACAGAGCCUUUAGCAUGUUCAGUGGGGCCGGGGGAAGAGGCUCCAGGGUGUCCGUGGCCAGUCUGGAGGGGCUACGGAACGCGAUGCGUUCUGACCCAGAGAAUUCAAACGAUGUCUCUCCUGCCCCCGGGCCCGCCCCGGAUGAUAAGAAGACCAUGAAGGGUCUCAACGACCGUCUGUCCGGCUACCUGGGCAGGGUGAGGAACCUGGAGGAAGCCAAUAAAGAUCUGGAGGACCAGAUUCAGGACAUCUUGGACAAGAGAGGAGACCCCAACGGCCGUGACUGGGAUGUGGUUGAGAAACCGUUGAAUGACCUCAGGAAGAAGCUCCGUGAUAUGACCAUGGAUAAUGCACGUUUGUUACUGCAAAUUGACAACACCAAACUGGCCAAUGAUGACUUCAAAAACAAGCUGGACAACGAGAAGCAGGCCAGGAAGACUGUGGAGCGGGACCUGAUUGGUCUGAAGAAGAUGAUUGACGACACCAACCUGAACCGCAUGCAGCUGGAGAGCCAGGUCGAGUCUGUGAAGGAAGAGCUCGCCGUCCUCAAGAAGGACCAUAAGGAUGACGUUGAUGAGCUGCGUAAGAAGAUCAAGGACUCCAACGUCCUCGUGGAGUUUGACUCCCAGGACAAUAACCUGAGUGAUACACUCAACAAGAUCCGCUCCCAGUACGAGAAACUGGCCAAGAAGAACCUCAAGGAUACCGACGACUGGUACCAGAGCAAGUUUGACAGCAUCAAGGUAGAGGUGGUUCAGAAUACUGAGGCUCUGCAUUCAGGCAAGAAUGAGCUCAAAGACCUGCGCAGACAGAGACACCUCCUGGAGAUAGACAUACAGUCUAUAAUGAGCUUGGUCCACUCCCACGAGGAAUCUCUGAAGGACACGGAUGGGCGGUACAACCGUGAGAUGACCCGCCUCAAUAAGAUCCUGCUGCAGUUGGAGGGAGAGCUGGUCCAGGUGAGGACGCAGGUGGAGAGGCAUGUGGAUGACUACCAGGAGCUGCUUCACGUCAAGAUGAAGCUGGAGGCCGAGAUCGAGAACUACCGCAGCCUAAUGCACGACAUCGCCCCCGACGACAGCGUGGGCUUUUCUUUAGAGCAGGCAGUGAAUUGUGAGCCGCCCCAGCCACCUAAGAAAGCCUUGAUGAAGGAUGAGGUGGAUGGAAAGGAGGUCCCCAAAAAGACAGAAGCCCCGGCAACUCAGAAAAGUCUCCCUCCAAUCCAAGAGGCCCCCACAAAGAAGACAGAAGCCCCUGCAACUCAGAAAAGUCUCCCUCCAAUCCAAGAGGCCCCCACAAAGAAGACAGAAGCCCCUGCAACUCAAGAGGCCCCCACAAAUAAGACAGAAGCCCCUGCAACUCAGAAAAGUCUCCCUCCAAUCCAAGAGGCCCCCACAAAAAAGACAGAAGCCCCUGCAACUCAAGAGGCCCCCACAAAUACAGAGGCUCCUACAAAGGCAGCUAAGGCUGAGACACCAACAACCGAAGCAGGCCCCAGCUGA